AUGCUGUUUCUGCACAACAGGAGUAUAAAGAAAUCAGAAGAGGACAUACCCGUUCCACCUCUGUUGAAGAGUGCAGCACUCUGGGGCGUUUUUCUUGCAGUCUCUUCCAACACCCGUUAUCAGGUUAUAAAUGGUUUGGAGCGCUUGGUAGAAGCAUCUCCAUUGGCAAAGCAAGUACCUCCAGUUGCUUUGGUUUUUACAUUUGGUGUACGAUUUGCCAACAAUAUCUACGGUGGGAUGCAGUUUGUGGACUGGGCAAGGUGGAGCGGCGUGCAAUAA